AUGCAGUCAACAAGAGAGGAGAAGACUGACACUUUCUUUUUUCUUUCUCGUUCUGAUGGACAGUACAGUCUUGGAGGUGGUUCUCGGUUCGAGGAGUUUUAUACCCUUCCGCCCGGAUUCUCUGUCGAGAAUUUUGACGCAAACUCGGUUCAGUUUGAUGAGUCGACACCAGCAAGGAUGGAACCAUGUCCACCUGAGACUGGUUGGAUAGUUCGCGAUGCAGAAUUACUGUAUAUUCCAUCGCCGUGCAUCUCUCGUUUGUCAUUCUCCGCAAAACUCGUCCGACCAGGAUUCGUCGAGUUCUCGUAUCGUAUGCCAAAAAACAAUCGAGCGCUUUCUUUGCACGUUGACGGAGGCAAUGCAAUCCAUGCUUUCAAAGUACGCCGGUUAGCACAAGCUCCCGAGAUGCAGGCAAACGGCGACUGGCAGAAGCGGACGGUCGAUUUGCGAACAGGUGCUAAUGUGGUUAGCUGGACGGUGACGAACAGCGCUGGAGCGAAGGCACCAUCAGAGCCAAUACGAAUCUCAAGAAUCGACGUCCUUGGCAAUUUAGAAUCCCCAUACACUUUUUCCGCUUCAGGACUGGCAUUCACGCGAGAGUGCUCCUUGUGCCCUCCUGGAACGUCGUCGGAUGGUGGUGCCGCCGAAUGUACUCCUUGUAGCCCUGGAUCCUAUGCUCCUAAAGGAGCCGCAAAGUGUGGGCGAUGCCCACAGACGCACUAUUCAGGUCACUUUAUUCCUUGCUAG